AUGCCGUCUAUGGAACCAUCUGAUCCCAUACGAAAACUGCUCUAUGACGGGCCGCCUUUCCAGGUACGCAUAGAGCAGUCGACGCCACCGCAGACGUUGUCGCCCGUGCCGGAAAGCUCAAGUGAAGACGAAGAAUCCUUUGAGCACGAAGACGGACAAUUCUCCGACGCCCCGGAAGAUGGCACCAUCCGGGACGCAGCCUCAGCGAAGCUCGAGACGACGACAAAGAGGGACUCGAAACUAGAAGAUGACUUCGCAGAGGUCAAAGAUAGUUUGCGCUCGCCAAAUCCGACAACGGGGGAGGAAAAGAAGCCUCCCCAUCCUGAACAAGCUCAAUUGGAUGGUGCUGUUGCAGAACAGCAACCGCAAGGAUCAGACGAAAAGGAAAGAAACAACCCUCACGAUCAGCACGCUGUCGUGCUCUCGUUAUUGAUCGCUGGGAUCUGUCUGGCCGUCUUGCUGGUAUCGCUGGACAGGACUAUUAUUACGACGGCUAUUCCCUCGAUCACAAAUGAAUUCCAUUCGACGUCCGCCGUCGGAUGGUACGGCUCUGCAUAUCUCGUCACUGCCUGCGCGUUACAACCCACCUAUGGACGGAUCUUCACCCUGUUCGACGUCAAGUGGACGUUCCUCCACUCCGUGGCAGUCUUCGAGCUGGGCAGUCUGAUCUGUGCCAUUGCUCCGAAUUCGACAGCCCUCAUCGUGGGCCGAGCUAUUGCAGGCUGGGGAAGUGCAGGAAUCCUAACGGGCGCAUUCGUCAUGGUGGCCCACGCUGUGCCGCUGGAAAUGAGGCCUCUGUAUACGGCUGCUAUCGGAGUGAUGUACGGAGUUGGGGCCGCUGCUGGUCCCAUCCUCGGUGGCGUGUUCACGGGCAUGGUUACAUGGCGGUGGUGCUUCUAUUUCAACCUGCCCAUUGGCAGCGUCACCAUGCUAGUGAUUGUGUUCUUAUUCAAGUCAUCCAAGCAACGCAGCCGCGACAAUGGCUUCGUCCGAAGGCUCUUGCAGCUCGACAUCGCAGGAAGCUUCCUUGUACUCGCGGCAUUUGUGAUGCUGUUCCUGGCCUUGGAAUACAAUAGCAAGGACUACGCAUGGUCCAGCCCGCUAGUGGUCGGCCUUCUUUGCGGAUUUGCCGCGACGCUUCUCGUCUUCAUCGCGUGGCAGUGGCACCGCAAGGAGCGGGCCCUGAUCGACCCGAGCAUCCUGAUGCGUCGCACCGUCGCCGGAAGCUGCAUCAUGGCCUUCUUCAUCUACGGCACCAUGCUGCUGCACGGCUACUACCUCCCCAUCUGGUUCCAGGCGAUCAAGGGCGUGUCGACGGAGCGGUCGGGCGUGGACAUGCUCCCGUUCGUCCUGCCGAACGCCAUCUUCAGCCUGCUCAGCGGCAUCUUCGUCACCAAGACGGGCUACUUCACGCCGCCGGCCAUCAUCGGCUGCGCCAUCGCCACGGCGGCAUCGGGCUUGCUGAGCACGCUACAGCCCACGACCACCACCGCGCAGUGGGUCGGCUACGUCUUCCUGGCAGCCGUGGGCGUCGGCAUCGCGAUCCAGCAGAGCUUCACCGCGGUGCAGGCCGUGCUCCGGCUGGAACAGAUCCCCAUCGCGACGGCGGCAGUGACCUGCUUCCAGAGCCUGGGCGGCGCGGUCUUCGUCUCGAUCGGCAACAGCAUUUUGUCCAACGACCUCCGCCGGGCCAGCCACGCGAACGAGCUGCCGGGCAUCGACAUCGAAGCCGUCAUCGCGGCCGGCGCGACCAAGUUCCGCUCCACGAUCGACCCGGCCGACCUUCCGGCCAUGAUCGCCGUGUACAACGCGGCGCUGCAGAAGGUGUUUGUCGCGGCGGUCCCUUUGGCGGGAUUGGCGUUUGUCUCGACGUUGCUGCUGGAGUGGCGGAGCGUAAAGGCAAAACCUGCUGCUCCCGCAACAGCAACGAUCCCCGCGGUUGAUGAGGAGGAGAUUGAACGAUGUCCAGACCAGAUGCAGACUGGGUCUGGUGUUUUUAGCAGUGGCAGUAACAACAGCACCAACAAUGAGAGGAACAGCAGCAGAAACAUCGAGGGUAACCCUACAAACCCUCCAUAG